AUGGCUACACAGAUAUCAGAAUCUGAUCAGAUAAAACAGUUUGGGGAAUUCCUGGGAACCUACAAUAAACUUACAGAAACCUGCUUUCUGGACUGUGUUAAAGACUUCACAACAAGAGAAGUAAAACCUAAAGAGGAAUCCCAUAUUCAGCAGAAUGAGGCCCUGGCAGCCAAAGCGGGACUUCUUGGCCAGCCCCGAUAG